UCAGUACGGAGUGUUUUUCUUGAUGCACGCGGGACUGCUGGCUACCUUCAGCUGGUGUAAUUUUUAGUAGUAAAACAUUCAGCGUGACGUGGUGUUUUGUAGAUAAGUAUCGAUUCAUGUUGCGAGAUAACUGUCGCCAAUACUCGUAUAUUGAAGAAGGAGAACUUUGUAGCUUAAUUUUGAGUAAAAAUGGUGGACUGGAGUCCGAUAGCGAAGGUGUACGACCCGCUGAAAGCUGGCAGUAUCGACGGCACGGACGUGGACCCCCAUGACCGGGCGGUGUGGAGGGCUAUGGGUGCCCGCUAUAAACCCAACAAAGGCGUUGUUGGAGACCCACUGCUCACUCUGUUUGUGGCCCGUCUGAACCCCCAGACAACAGAGGACAAACUGCACCAAGUAUUCUCCAAGUACGGAGACAUCCAGCGGCUCCGGCUGGUCCGGGACAUUGUCACAGGCUUCUCCAAAGGAUACGCCUUCAUUGAGUACAAGGAGGAGAGAUCUGUUGUCCGGGCCCGCAGAGACGCCAACAAGCUGGUGGUAGACCAGCACGAACUGUUUGUGGAUUUUGAACAGGAGAGGACCCUCAAAGGGUGGGUCCCCCGGCGGCUCGGCGGCGGGCAGGGGGGGAAGAAAGAGUCCGGACAGCUGCGGUUUGGCGGCAGAGACCGGCCUUUCCGUAAACCCAUUAACCUCGGAGUCGGUCCGGUGCAGGAAUGGGGAGGUGGAGGGAAGGAGUGGGACAGACCGGGGACGAGAGACAGGGAGGUUCGGGACCGGGACCGACACAGAGAGCCCGAGUGGGGCAGCCGAGGGAGGAGAGAUGACCGGGACAGAGGCAGAGAUCGGGAGGACCGCAGACACGGAGACAGGAGCAGGCACCGGGACAGGAGAUGAAACUGGAGAUCUGAUCUGACCCGUUCAAAGGAAGUCUGUCACAGAUCCACAGUCCAGCUGCCUGCCUCAAUUUGAGCCAGUUUAAGCCAAGUGGCCAGUGAAGGAGAGUGUGACUGCUGGGGUUUGCUGUCAGGAAACUGGAAAGAAUAAACAAUUAAAAUUACAGAUGCCCUUCUUAAGGUAUCAUGGUAGCCUAUCGGUUUGGGAAGGAAGUUUCCUGGUUGAUGUUCAUCAGAUUCUACUGUGUGGUAAUGUCGUCCUGGAGUCAGUAUUUCUCAGGAACAUCUGGUUUAUACAGGCUUUUGUAGUAUAAAAAAGGCAGUAAAUCUCCACUAAUUCGCCAUGUAAAAAAUUAUAUAUAAAUAAAUAAAUAGUUUUUUUGUUUUACAAAUUGAUGUUGUCCAGCCAAGUGAAGCCUUAAAAUCAGUAAAUCACACAAGCUUUAAAGGCUGAAUCAAAUGGACAAAAUGCCAUUAUUUUUAUGAUACACCUGUAAAGUUCAUCUAAAUCAGAUUGAACGUGUUACACAUUUUCUCCCUUUGUAAGUAAGACCAAUCUGUUUCUGUUUUUUAUUUGAGGCAUGAAUAAUACAGUGUUGAAACAAGAUUUUCUAAGGUGGGCAUUUUAACAACAUAACCUCUCUAUGUCGUACAUGUUUUUACUGAUGAAGAGGGCUUGUGCAACAUUGACUCACCAGAGUGAAGAAAACCAAAUAAAACAAGAAUUAUUUUAACAA